AGCUUGGACCUUGGUCAUCGUAUCUCUGGUAUUUACUAUAACUUUAGUUAUAAAAGUGCUGGACAUCAUUGAAUCGUCUUCAUUUUACUCGCGAACAUCAUAAAGUUAAUUUUAAGUUUUAAACUUUAAUUAAACGUGACUAAUUGUUUCUAAUUAUUGUUAAUUGUUACACUAAUCGAAUUUACAAUUUUUAAAAAUGACUUCAAUAAGUAAACCGAUCACCUUCGAUGAUCUAGAGAAUGACAUUCUCGAUCUCAUUUUAACUUACUUAAACGACUAUCCAAAUUUGGACAGUUGUAGAAACGUUUGUAAACGAUGGGGAAGUGCAGUUAAAAGGCGAAUGAAAAAAUUCGAGUACGUUAUUGGCGCUGAUGAACUAAAUAAAUCGGAAUUUCCUCUGAAUACUUUGAGACUUGAGGUCAACCAGUGCCUCAAAAGAUCUUGCUUAAGACGGAUGUUCCUCAAUCUAGACUCAGAGUAUCUACCAAACGUAAAGUUUGUUGACCUGUUUAAUAUACCGACCUAUUCUUAUGUUUAUGGACGAAGUUUGAAUCAGCAAGUGGCUAAAAUAGGACCUCAAUUACGAGGGUUUGUCGAUACCAUGAAUAAAGACCACCCGACUGAAAGCUUUUGCGUUUACACUCGAAACCUUACGAUUUAUCAGGGUAUUGAUUUGGUUCCUUAUAUCUGUGAACCACAAGUAGGAAGGCAAUUGAAACAAUUAUCAAUAUCGUUCGGAAAAUUAAGUCUAUUCUUGGACAAUACUUCAUCUUUUCGUAAUCUGGAAAGACUUUAUUUCAAAGCUACUUCAGGUUGGGUUUCUGAUUGUAAAGGCAAGGCCGAACUGACCAAUCUGAAAGUUCUGGUGUUUACUGAAAUCCAGCCGAUCAGUCCAGCGGUUGCACGUUAUCUUGAAAAAUCGGUUGCGUUGGACUUUCUGGACUUGUGUCCUAACCUUGUUGAAGCUAAGAUCCGUUUUCCUGCAAGUGUUAGGGGUUUCGUUGUUAAUGAGAACAUCAAAAACUACAACCUGAAAGAUUUGACUAUCGACUACUGGACUGAAUGUAUUCAACCGUGGGACACGAUUCGAAAAACGUUGAUCAAGUUUCCUUGCUUGAAACGAUUGGCAAUUCGAAAUAAUUUUGAAAUCGUUGACGAGAAUGUCGCAGAGAUUUUCGAGCUUUUGCCAGAACUCGACGUGUUGGAUCUCCGAAAUGCGGUAAGGCUCAGCUGGAAGGUUGACUACGUCGUCAACGAAUGUUGCAGAAAACGUAACAGGUACAUUGAAUUCAUUGGAAAGAGGGACUUUGGCGACCGAUAUGAUGUCGAUGUUUUUAACAAGAAGCUAUAUCGAAGUUUAGUUAAAGGUGAAAUUGGAGACGAUCACUUUUUCGUACCCUAUCUUUACGAUCCAUAUCUACUUAGAACCAAGGAAUUUGACUCUCUAUCACGUGUCGCAGGCGCUGCUAAUGGCCUACAAUUCCAUCAAGAAAAAGGAUGGAUUCCGGUCGAUGAAAACAGCAAGAAAAAAAAAGAAGAUGAGGAAUAUCAUUCGCUUAAAUUUUGUGAAUAAAACAAAGUUGUCGCCGAUUUUGUGAGAAAAACUUGACCAGAAUAAACAAUUGUUUGGAUUUUAUGAAAUAUUUUACAAAAUAAACAUUUUCAGAUUUAAUAUCAAUAUAAA